CGCCAGUCAUGUGACACUGCUCACGUGACCUGCCACUGCCGGCAAAGCAGACAUGGGCGCCCAGCCCUGGGUCCUGGCCCUGCCCCUGAUGCUGGGGCUGUGCAGCCUAGAGGCCAGAGCCCACAGAGUGACAGAUCCCGACUUUCAGGAGCUCUACUUUGAGCAGCUCCUGGACCAUUUCAACUUCGAGAGGUUUGGCAACAAGACCUUCCUCCAGCGGUACCUGGUGUCAGAGAAGUUCUGGAAAAGAGGCGAGGGGCCCAUCUUCUUCUACACCGGCAAUGAGGGGGACGUGUGGUCCUUUGCCAACAACUCGGGGUUCAUCCUGGAGCUGGCGGCACAGCAGGCAGCCCUGGUCAUCUUUGCAGAACACCGCUACUACGGAAAGUCACUUCCGUUUGGCAAGCAGUCCACGCAGCGCGGGCACACAGAGCUGCUGACCGUGGAGCAGGCGCUGGCCGACUUCGCCAGGCUGCUCCGGGCGCUGCGGCAGGACCUUGGGGCCUGGGACGCCCCCGCUAUUGCCUUCGGCGGGAGCUACGGGGGGAUGCUCAGCGCCUACAUGAGGAUGAAGUACCCCCACCUCGUGGCGGGGGCACUGGCGGCCAGUGCGCCCGUCCUGGCUGUGGCAGGUCUCUGCGACUCUUACCAGUUCUUCCAGGACGUCUCGGCGGACUUUGAGAGCCAAAGCUCCAAGUGUGCCCAGGGCGUGCGGGACGCCUUCCGGCAGAUCAAGGACUUGUUCCUACAGGGAGCCUACGACACAGUCAGCCACGAGUUCGGCACCUGCCAGCUGCUCUCCAGCCCGAAGGACCUGACCCAGCUCUUUGGCUUCGCCCGGAAUGCCUUCACUGUCCUGGCCAUGAUGGACUACCCAUACCCCACCGACUUCAUAGGGCACCUCCCUGCCAACCCCAUCAAGGUCGGCUGCGCCCAGCUGCUGAGUGAGAGUCAGAGGAUCAGGGGGCUCCGAGCACUGGCAGGGUUAGUGUACAACUCCUCGGGGACAGAGCCAUGCUAUGACAUCUACCUACAGUACCAGGCCUGUGCGGACCCCACAGGCUGUGGCUUAGGCCCUGAUGCCAAGGCCUGGGACUACCAGGCCUGCACCGAGAUCAACCUGACAUUUUCCAGCAACAAUGUGACAGACAUCUUCCCUGACCUGCCAUUCACCGAGGCCCUCCGCCAGCAGUAUUGCCUGGACACAUGGGGCGUGUGGCCCCGGCGGGACUGGCUGCAGACCAGCUUUGGGGGUGGUGACCUCAAAGCUGCCAGCAACAUCAUCUUCUCCAAUGGUGACCUGGACCCCUGGGCAGGCGGAGGGAUCCGGAGUAACCUGAGUGCAUCAGUCCUCGCCAUCACCAUCCAGGGGGGAGCCCACCACCUAGACCUCAGAGCGUCCCACCCAGAAGACCCUGUGUCCGUCCUGGAAGCACGCAAGCUUGAGGCCACCCUCAUCAGCGAGUGGGUCAAGGCAGCCAGACGUCAACAGUGGCUGCAGCUGGCAAAGCGUGGGGGACACAGAGCCUGAGGGGCGCUCCCCCAGCUAGGACCAGAGAGGACCCACAGGGUAGCAUCUCAGGAGAGAUUCCGGAGAUGACCUGCAGUCCAUCUUCCCAAACCUGGAACUCCUAAGCCCAGAGCUCAGCCCAGGCUGGCGGGGCUGGGGGCGGGGGGGUGGUCUUACCCAAGGGAGGGGCUGAACAAACGGCUGGCAGCCUGGCCAAUUGCAUCAUGUCCUGUCUGUGGUUUGCCUGGGAGGAGGGAGCCCAAUGCGGUGAAGCCAUGGUGCAUGACUUCCUAAAAUCAGCCACACAUUCAAUAAAACAGAAUCCUCAA